CCAAAGUGACUGACUCCCUCCCCCGCUCCCCCUCAUCCAUUCUCUCGCGCAUCUCUCCUCUCUUGCCAUCUUCUCGCGCGCGCUCUCCAGCACCCCCGCCCGGGCAGGGGAGCACCGAGCAGAGGCGCGCCGCGUCCCUUCCAUGCCUCCCUCUUAAGGAGAGCCCGGAGGGGGAGGGGAGGGUCGGAGGAGGAAGAGGAGGAGGAGACCGAGAGGGCGCCCGGGAGGCAGGGCGCGCGCGCACAGAGGGACGCGCCGAGGGUGCGAGCCGCGCAGCGAGCGCAGAGCUGCCUCGGCCGCCGGGCGCCCCCCUGCCGCCCCAUGCUGUGCUCCAUGGCGAACUCGGGCUGCCUCCUGCUGUCCAACUCCGGCAGCAUGCUCCCGCACUCCGUGCCCUGCCCGCCCGCCUUCCUCUACCUCCAACAGGGCAAUCAGGACGCCACGGCUCCGCCCGAAGCAAUGGCCCAGCCCUACCCCCCCGCCCAGUACCCCCCUCCACCACAGAACGGUAUCCCCACCGAGUACGCCCCACCCCCACCACACCCCACGCAGGACUACUCCGGCCAGACCCCGGUCCCCCCAGAGCAUGGCAUGACCCUGUACACACCAGCACAGACCCACCCCGAGCAGCCGGGCACCGAGGCCAGCACACAGCCCAUUGCUGGGGCCCAGACAGUGCCGACAGACGAGGCGGCACAGACGGACAGCCAGCCGCUCCACCCCUCCGACCCCACAGAGAAACAGCAGCCCAAGAGGCUACACGUCUCCAACAUUCCCUUCCGGUUCAGGGACCCUGACCUGCGGCAAAUGUUCGGGCAAUUCGGAAAAAUAUUAGACGUGGAGAUCAUUUUUAACGAGCGGGGCUCCAAGGGUUUUGGGUUUGUAACUUUUGAAACUAGCUCAGAUGCUGACCGAGCCCGGGAGAAGCUGAAUGGGACGAUCGUAGAGGGACGGAAAAUUGAGGUCAAUAAUGCCACGGCCCGCGUCAUGACCAACAAGAAGACUGCGAAUCCCUACACCAAUGGCUGGAAGCUCAACCCCGUGGUGGGCGCAGUCUAUGGGCCUGAAUUCUAUGCAGUGACCGGGUUCCCUUACCCCACCACGGGCACAGCCGUUGCCUACAGGGGCGCGCACCUACGGGGCCGGGGCCGGGCUGUGUACAAUACGUUCCGGGCUGCGCCGCCCCCACCCCCCAUCCCAACUUAUGGAGCGGCACUGGAGCAAACGCUUGUUAAAAUGCCAGUCCCAUGGGCAGGGCUGGCACCCUGCCCCCUCCCUCAGCAGACACCGGAGCCGGCCUACCCCACCUCUCCAGCGUUCCCACCACUUUCUUGUCCGUUUGCUUCCAGGGUCGUGUAUCAGGAUGGCUUUUAUGGUGCUGAAAUUUAUGGAGGCUACGCAGCCUACAGAUACGCUCAGCCGGCGGCGGCCGCAGCAGCCUACAGUGACAGUUACGGCCGAGUCUAUGCGGCUGCUGACCCUUACCACCACACCAUCGGCCCCGCGGCGACCUACAGCAUCGGAACCAUGGCUAGCCUCUGCCGAGGAGGGUACAGCCGCUUCACCCCCUACUAGCAAGAGGCCCAGCCCCUAACAGCAUUCACACUGACUGCCUAGUACACACCAAACCCAGCAGUCCAAACCCACCAGGAGGACAGUGCGCCCCUCCCGGUCAGCGACACGCGCCGCUGACCUCUGCAACUCUAAAGUCCAUAGGUUUUACCUCCAGCCAGCUGGUCUCCCCUCCCCCACGAUGGCGUGUGUGUCUUUGACCCCCGGUCACCCCUGUAUGUCUGAAACCUUGGUUCCUAGUUUGACUUUGUUGAUGUUGUGCCCCACCCCCGCCCCAAGCCAUUUCAGGUACAGUCUGCACAUAGCGGGAGGGGCUAGGCUGGGCAGAGGACCCCUCCUCAAGAGCUAGCAAUAGAGCCACACCCAUGAGGGUGACCCACGCCGCAUCCCUGGGGUCUGCAGAGCCGCAGGAGAUGCCUGGCCCAGGAAGCCACCCCAGCCAGCCUGAGCCCCAGCCAUCAUCCCUCACCUAGGGUUCUGGGAGCAAGGGGUUCCCAUCCACCCCGGAUGGUGGGUUUACAGCCUCGACCGUGCUGCCUUCCGACCUUCACCCAGCUAGCCACAGGAGUAGCCAUCUGCCCUCUCCACACCCAGCGGAAACAUUGCUGAUUAAAUUUUAUUGAUAAUGUUUCCUGCUAGUCCUGCAGGAGCCACACCAGCCUCAGGGGUUCCUUCCUAGCCUCUGUUGUAAGAAAUGAACGUGUAGGAAGAAACUUCCCUGCUGGGAGGCCUGGAACCUCAAUAGCUGUGCCUCCCGCAGGGCCCGAGGGCCCCCUUCAGCCGUGUGCCCCACUGGACCCCCAGCAGCAGACCCUCCCCUCCACCUGAAAUAGGGUCCCGGCUAGCCUGGCCCUGUCGUUUGUCCUCCACGCCUUUUCAUCAGGGUGCAUUUCAGAGGAGGUGAGGAGCGGGGGCAAUGCCCACCUCAGGCCUUCCCGGUGGGACAGCACUCUGUGUCAGCUCCCAUCUAGAGAGACUCACCCCGCGCCCAGGCGUGCAGGGCUCUGGGAGGACAUGCUGGCUGGGGCUGCAGGUGAGGCUGAGACAGCCUAGAGAGCUUCUGCAGAGUCCACCCACACAGGCGGGCCCUUGCCACCUGCCAGCCUGGCACCUCCGUUACAGGAAAAAGUGGCACGGGCCAAGGAAGUGCUGGUGUGUUGAUGAAUGUACCAGAGCUGGGCUUCUGGGGGACGAUGGCCAGCUAGAGGGCAGGGUCUCCGCCAGCCAGGGCGCAAUCUGCUACCCGUUCCACUGUACAUCGGUUCCUUGCUGGUAGCGGGCUGGUCAUGCCCGGGGUGCCCAGCCCCCUCACCUCCCACUGCCCAGAGCAACACCUUCUCAGCCACCUCAUUCCAGGCCGCCCCCAUGGCCGUUCAGCCGGCUCUGACUCCUCCGGCCGAGCCAGCCAGGCCCCUGCCCACCUCAGCUGUUAGCACAGCCCUGUGCCCGCCCCCAUGCCCUGCCCUGUGGGCUCUCGGGCCCCUGUCCUCGCGACGCGCCUGCAGGUGCUUCCGUGAAACUGCAAGUGCCGCCUUUCUGUUUCUG